AGUCUCCUCCCACUCUCUCCACGUGCUUUGCUGUGGCUUUUCCUUUGGGAACUGAAUUUGCAGACUGAAGCCUGGAGAAGGGCUUGCAGUUGCCCACAGUAGUGGAAAGUUGGGGAACAGUUGGCAUUUGUCACGCACGAAUAUUUGGAUCUUAACGUCUGCCUCAGCCUGAAGGUUCACUUUGUGUCUGUUCUGCCAGGAACACAAGGUCUCAAUAUAUUGGACUUGGCACGUACUGUAAAUUGAAAAAUGAUGCACGAGCUGAAGAGAAACCCAUUUUGUUGGCUUAUUCUGUGUCUGGUCCUGCAAGGAAUGGAAAGUUUUAUAAUAAAGAGUUCUGACAAUCAAUGCUUGGAAGCGUAUUUGGAGAGUGAUCGGGUAGUGAUGGACAGUUGUAAUCCAGACUCGCAGCUCCAAGACUGGGCAUGGAAACAAAAGCGGUUUAUCAAUCAGGGCACACAGAGGUGUCUUUCUGCAGACCAGACUCUCCUUGUUCAGACUGCAGCUUGUGCGAAUGUGGCCAACCUAAAGUGGUUGUGCCGCAAACAUCGACUUAUCCACACGGCCACAUCCAUGUUUCUGAUCGCUGACGGAAACGUGGUGUCCAUUUCCGAAGAAAGAAAAAAAAAUUCCAGGUGGAGCUCAACAAACGACACAGGCAUUUGUGAGAUGCUUUUGCAGAGAAACCCAGAGACAACAUCAGCAAAGACUCAAAUGUUACCAGCGCAAUUUGAAGAAAGCCUUGAUGGGGUCAUCAGCGAUGUGAGACAGAAUAACACCCAAGUGGAAGAAACUACCACAGAGAAACAACAACCUUAUCCAAUGGAAGACUCCACUAACUGGAACUAUGCUAUGUUGGUGCUUGCAUUCAUUGCACUGUUCCUGGGAUUUCUCAUUCUGGUCCUAUGCUCCAGGACAAACAAGAAGAAAAAGAUGAAGGAAGUGAAUGAAUUAAAGAACAGGCGUGCAACAGAAAGCGAUCCAGUGCAAAAGACAGUAGCACAAUACACAGAUGAGAAUGACAGCUCUGCAGAGACUGACCAGAUGCUACACACCAAGCAAGCCCAUAUUUCCUUUGAACAGACGUCACAGAAUUCAUCCCCAAAAAUCUCAUCCAAACCAGGAGAGAUCAUGAUCGAGUGGAAGGAUGGAAACAUAAGUUCCCUUUUCAUGGAUGCAAAAGAAGAUGAUGUAUAGAACCUCAAGUUACAGGACUGAGCCCUCAAUUGUAUUUUUAAGAUUAAAAGAAUUAAUUUUUGUAAAAUAUUUUUGGCAAAUAAAAAAAUCCAAUUGUAGAGGAAGCUGGCAAAAGAUUAGAAAACAAAUGAGUGGGAGGUCAAGGAUAGCGACUUAGACUUGUCGGAAGUGGGAACUGGUACUCCAGAAAGAACAGUGCUGGGACCACAAUGCUUCAAAUUUAUGUAAACAUUAUCGACGCGGGUUUCAGAAGUACAAUUUCAAAAUUUAUGAUGACUACGAAUUAGGGGACACAGCUUAAUGUUUUAGGAGAACUGUGAUCAGCCACAAACGUAUAUAUAAUAUUGGCAAACGAAUUCCAACGUAGAUAAGUGUGAGGUAUUAAGAUUUGGUGGACAGAUAAAGAAGCUACUUACUGCUUGGUAAAGAAGAGGUUAAAUGGGAUGGAGAGGUAAAGAAAAUUAGACAAACAGAUAUAUAAACCAUUAAAAGUAGUGAUGCAGAUUAAUAAGGUCUUAAAAUUUAGUAGUUCAAUUCUAGAAGUAUAGGACUAAUAAAGGUAGAAGUUAUGUUAAACUCAUACUAAACCUUAGGGUUUCACAUUAAGAUUGUUAAAAGUUUUGAUUGGGUAGACAGAGAAAAUGCAUCCACUCACUGGGAAGACCAGACCCGAGGCCACAAAUGUAAAGAGGUCUCUAAUAAAUCCAACAGCGAAUUAGUGAAAACCUCCUCAUCCAAAGAGUAGUAACUAGGUGGAGUUCAGUACCAAAAGAAAUAGUUGAAAUGAAUACACUUCUGGGAGCAGAUAGAUUAGCACAUAAGGAAGAACAGAAUACAUGGAUAUACUGAUAUGUUAGAUGAAGACAUUGCCAGUGUGAAACUAAAUGCUAGCAUACAAAUAGCCUGUAUCUGUGCUGUAACCACUAAGUAAUUAAUCAAGGUGUUUCCCACUGAGACAUUUAACCCAUGUCUGCUGACUUGCUGUACGUAGAGAAGAGAGAUUAUCCCUUUUGCCUUAAGAGGUUUAUUUUUACAAUGUAUAAUUCAUCACCAACAUUAUAUCCAUUUAAACAGUUUAUAACAUUUACAAAUCUGUUUCCUGAUUUGUAAGUAGCCUGCCUCAAUAACAUUCUUCCAGUUUGAAUGAGUGAGACUGGGCAGAGGCUUCAAUUGUAACAGUCUCCAUUAACAGAUUCUUCCCAGAUGAUCUGUGUCUGGCCUGUAUCAGAGAGUAUGCUUACUCCAGGCAGCCUGUCUCCACUAACCUGUCUAACUCUGGGUGGCCACAACUUAAAGUAGACUGAAAUUUUAUGGAAAACAAUGCUUGUGCAAUCUAAUGUGCAAAUCGACCAGCAAAUUCCAGGGAUUAAGAGAUACGCUGGGAGUUGGGAAUCUCCAGGAUUGUGUUGGUUGAUUUACAUUACUUUGUUUCUACUUUGCACACGGAUCAUCUGACCCUUAACCUUCCCAUUGAUUUUAAGGAGCUGGCUAGAUUUCACAUUAAUUUUCCAUUGAAUACACUCCAGCAGCCUAAUUCUGGUCAUUGAGAUUGUGAAUACCUUUUAAAUAAUGUGAUAACUGUUAGUACAAUGUAAGUCUACUUUUUUUUUCUGGGUAACAGAAAUAGGAACAAUUUAAAAUUUGCAAUCUCAUUCCUGCAAUUCACACAAUAUGACACCAACAUAGGUGGAGGGACAGACAGUGUUGAGGAAGUGGGGGAGGCUGCAGAAGGACAUGGACAGGCUAGGAGAGUGGUCAAAGAAGUGGCAGAUGGAA